AGUAAUCGGGGUUACCUUCACGAAUCGGUCAGAGGAUAUAAUGUAGUAUUGAUGACGACUAAGCUUACCGAAGUGGCCAUAAGAGGCGGUAUCAAGGUAUUGCGGCUUUUGGAGAUUGAGCUGGCGGACUACAAUACGAUAA